UUGCUACGCAGAUACCGUACGCGAGCAGACACGGACGAGACGAGCGCCCAAAGCCCUCGCUGGCAAGAGGUGAAGAGGGGGGAGAAAGACGCGUCAAAGCCAUCAACCAGAUCGAUUGAUCCAUCCAUCCAUCAAUCGAUCGAUCGAGCGAUCCAACCGAGCCGGCGAGCAGAUCUGAAGGCGCGGCCGGCCGACCUCCUCCCGCCUACCUCAAGUCUCGUCUCGACUCGAAUUGAAGAAGGGACAAUACCGUGAAGUAUCUGGGCUGUUGCUUCGUUAUUUUCGUGGAUUCACCUUGGAACUUCAGAACGAAUCUUCCUGAUAUUUUCCGUGACAAUGAAAACACAUGAGAGAGCUGCCAAUUUGGCUCUUGCAGGUUUGAGCUUGGCUCCACUUGUGGUUAAAGUAAACCCCAAUGCGAAUGUUAUACUGACAGCAUGCCUUGCCGUCUAUGUGGGCUGUUACCGUUCUGUUAAGCCAACUCCACCCGCUGAGACAAUGUCCAAAGAACAUGCUAUGCGGUUUCCUUUGGUGGGAAGUGCUAUGCUUUUGUCCCUCUUCCUUCUAUUCAAGUUUCUCUCAAAAGAUUUGGUCAAUACUGUUCUCACUGCCUACUUUUUCAUUCUUGGCAUCGCUGCUCUCUGUGCAACAUUGCUGCCUUCCAUAAAACGAUUUCUUCCAAAAGAAUGGAACGAUAAUGCCAUUGUUUGGCGUGCUCCACUUUUCCACUCGCUCUCGGUGGAGUUUACCAGAUCUCAAGUCGUUGCAUCGAUCCCAGGAUUUUUCUUUUGCAUAUGGUAUGCUGCGAAGAAGCAUUGGCUAGCAAACAACGUUCUGGGGAUUUCUUUCUGCAUUCAGGGAAUCGAGAUGCUAUCACUUGGAUCAUUCAAAACUGGUGCUAUUCUCUUGAGCGGACUCUUUUUCUAUGAUAUUUUCUGGGUCUUCUUCACUCCAGUUAUGGUCAGUGUUGCCAAGUCAUUUGAUGCUCCAAUAAAGCUUCUAUUUCCUACAGGUGAUGCUGCACGCCCGUUCUCUAUGCUUGGCCUUGGUGACAUUGUAAUACCUGGUAUAUUUGUGGCACUUGCGCUGCGUUUUGAUGUCUCAAGAGGAAUUAAGAACCGCUAUUUUAAUAGUGCAUUUUUGGGUUAUACCGUGGGUCUGACUGUGACAAUAAUAGUGAUGAACUGGUUCCAAGCUGCACAGCCUGCUCUGUUGUACAUUGUUCCUGGUGUGAUUGGUUUUGUUGCUGUUCACUGUUUGUGGAAUGGUGAAGUAAAGCCGCUCCUUGAGUACAACGAGUCCAAAGCGGAAGAGGAGGAAGCUUGUGAAGAAGAUACAGAUAGCAAGCAAAACAAAAAGAAAGAGUAGGGCUCUAACAAGUAACAAUCAUACCUUGAGGACUAGAAUAUUCAGAAACUUUAUGUAAGGUCUUCGGCAUCUAAGUAGGCUGGAUGACCUUUGGGAUACAAGCUCACUUAGAACUUAGAAAUGAUUCACAUGAUAGAAUCUUUCUGGUUUUGAGAAUUGUUUGGUCUGGUGAGUAGAUGAGGAAUGCAUCCUAAGUGGUUUAGCAAUACUAUAACCGGUACCUCUUGUUUACACUUAUUUAUCCUGGUGGUUGGAAGGAUCUUUCCUGAAUUUUGGUAUGGUGAAUAGCGCUCUGUGAUAUCUUUCUUGGCACACUGUCGUGUCUGAAACGAGGGAUCUCGCAGAAA